UAUAAUUGGCAAAUAACUAAAUAAGCUUGAGCUAGCUUCUUCCUAAACCAAACCACCCCACCCCUAUACUAGCCUCAACAAAAUGGUGGCCUUCAGAUCAAAAUACCUUCUCAUACCGUUCCUCAUAUCACUACUUGUCAUCUCAGGCCUUGUCAUAUGCAUAUUUGUUAUCCAUUUCUCAAGCCAUUCCAAUACCACCCACUGCAAUCCUUCUUCCUGCGGGAGCAUCCACAAUAUUAGCUCCCCUUUUCGACUAAAUACCCAUCCAAAACAUUGUGGCAAUCCCGAUUACGAGUUAACCUGUGAACAAAACCGAACAGUGUUAACUUUACAUUAUUCCCAGAAAUACUAUGUUCAGUCCAUCAAUUACCACAACUACACUAUCCGUGUGGUUGAUCCUGAUGUACAAGAAACCAAUAAUAUGUGCUCCUUUCCCCGAUAUGCUAUAGCUCGGUACAGUUUUGAUGAAAGUUAUCCAUAUGGCAUCGCCACACCUGACAAGACACCAUAUGGCUGGCAAGACUCAACUUUAAUUACUGUACCAAUUAUUUUCUUGAGGUGUCCGUUCCCAGUGAAGUCUUCUGCUUUUGUAGAAACCAGUAGAGAGUGUUGGAAUAAAAGCAGUACUAAAGACUCUUCCGGGGCUGGGGGCUAUGCUUAUGCUUAUGCUAAGCUAGGCUCUCUCAAUGCAUCGGAUUUAAGAAUUUCAUGCCGGGUUGAGCUCAUAACUAUGACUUCAUCUUUGCGAAUUCAAGAGAAUAAGAAUGUAAGUAGAAGUCUAUUGGAAAUCUAUGAUGCUUUGAUGUAUGGAUUUGAGCUAUCCUGGUUCCCGGCUAUUUGUCAACAGCAUUGCGGGAGUACAGGGUGUUACCUUGACUUCACAAAUGAGAUUAGCUGCUACGGAUACUUCUAUGGUAUAUUACAGAACAUAUGGUUUUGUCUUCAGGCUGUGGGCAUAUAUGAGGCUAUAAUCUCUGCACCAAAGAUUAUAAUUGGAGUUCCAUGCGCACUUGUGUUUCUAAUUAUCAAAUUCCGCAGAAGGCAUCUAUCAGUGUUCGAACCAAUUGAAAGUUUCCUCAGCGCCGACAACAAUCUGUUGCCCAUCAGCUACUCCUACAAACACAUCAAGAAUAUGACCAAAGCCUUAAAGGAGAAGCUCGGAGAAGGGGGCUUCGGUUCUGUUUACAAAGGCAAACUUCGAAGUGGCCGUGAUGUUGCAGUGAAGAUAAUAAGCAAGCCCAACUCUAACGGCCAAGAUUUCAUCAAUGAAGUUGCUUCCAUGGGAAGGAUUCAUCAUGUCAACAUUGUUAGACUUGUUGGAUAUUGUGCACAGAAUUCUAAGCGUGCUCUUGUAUAUGACUUCAUGUCUAAUGGAUCCCUUGACAAAUACAUUAACGAGGGAGCUGAUGCAAGUUUGUUGAAUUGGCAAAGGAAGUUUGAAAUUGCAGUGGGAGUAGCUCGUGGGAUUGAUUACUUGCACCGAGGCUGUGACAUCCAAAUUCUACAUUUUGACAUCAAACCGCACAAUAUACUUCUAGAUGAGAAUAUCAUUCCAAAAAUUUCUGAUUUUGGUCUCGCGAAACUAUUUCCUACCGAUAAAACCGUUGUAACGCUUACUGCUGCUCGUGGAACAAUUGGAUAUGUGGCGCCAGAGCUGAUCAAUAGAAGCAUUGGAGCUAUUUCUCAUAAGGCUGAUGUAUAUAGCUUCGGAAUGCUACUCAUGGAAAUGCUAGGCUUAAAGAAAACACCGGUUACUGAACAAGACGAGUCAAGUAAAUACUUCCCAUCUUGGAUUUACAAUGAUAUCAACAAGGGCAAGGCAAUUGAGAUGGGAGAAGAAGAUGAGGAUGAGAAGAGAAUUACAAAGAAGAUGACCAUAGUUGGGCUUUGGUGCAUCCAAACCAGUCCAAUUCCGAGGCCUUCGAUGAGAAGUGUGGUUGAAAUGCUUGAAGGAGAUGUUGAGCUGCUGCAAAUGCCAACUGAUACAUUCUUUUCGGAGCCAAUUAUGGAAGUGGAUCAAGAACACAGUUCCAUGCCAGAAUCAUCUGAAUCCAUAGCAUUUUUGCCCAAUUCUGCUAGUUCCAACAACAUAGGUAUAAUUGUGGAUUAAAGGGUAUGUAAUCACUUAAGCGCGGUGUG